AUGCCGCCCAGUGCUGUUGUUGCCACUGAUACAUCCGUAAGACCAACAGCGAACGCGGCUGGCGGACAACGAACGAGCUCAAAUGAUUCCGAUUCGUUUUAUUAUGACCCAGAACGAAACCCGACUUCCUUUAUCGCAACGGAAUACUACUGGCGUGACCACUAUAUAUGGCUCGAGGAACAGGGUUACUUGCUGCGCCCUCGCUACCACCCUGACUGGAAACCGUCAUGGAUCGGCACCGACAAGAAGUGGUACAAAUGUGAAGACAGACUAGUCAUCCCAGGGCGUGCCCGUGUUUUGGAUGCAACUCGGAUCUCAGAUGACAUGCCCGUAGUCUUGAAGCAAUAUCCGCGGACAGUACACCCCCACGAAGCCGAGAUUGGCCAACUGUUGUCAUCCGAACCUCUUGCAUCUGAUCUUGCCAAUCACUGCGUGCCCAUCCUCGACGUCCUCCGUGAUCCUCAAGACGAUGAUAUCCAGCUGUUGGUUAUGCCCAUGCUACGACGAUGCUAUGAUCCACCCUUUUCAACAGUCGGCGAAGUUGUUGAUUUCUUUGGACAAGCAUUUGAGGGCCUCCAAUUUAUGCAUGUGCACAACAUCGCCCAUCGGGAUGCCAUGAUUCUGAAUCUUAUGAUGGAUCCUGCGCCGAUGUAUCCCGAGUUGUACCACUUCGCCUCCGACUGGUCCAAUCGCGAAUACACUGGACCCGCCAAGCAUUACACGCGGACUGAACGUCCACCGAGAUACCUUUGGACAGACUUCGGCUUAUCACGCAGGUAUGACUCGGAGGCCGGUCCCCGUCUGGAACUGCCUAUCCUAGGUGGUGAUAGGAGCGUUCCGGAGCAUCAGGGAGCAUCAGGUUAUGUUCCCUGCGAUCCCAUGCCUACUGAUGUGUAUUACAUCGGUAACUUGAUUCGGGAGUAUUUUUUGCGAAAGUACACAAACCUGGGUUUCAUGCGGCUAUCAGUCGACGACAUGGUCCGCGAUAAUCCAACAGAGCGACCGACGAUGGACGAAGUCGUUGUGCGCUUCGCAACGAUCCGCAGAAAGCUGCAUUGGUGA